UACUCAUAUAAUAUUUUUUCGUGCAUUAGAGGAGCAGGAAAGAGAUUGCGGGUUGCAGCCGCGCUUUAGAAGGAGCAGGUACGCGAUGGUAGCUUCGAUCUCACCCUUCUGCACAUGGCUCUCAACUCCUCUUUCACUGCCUUCUUUGCACCGAACCCUUCCUCCAAAACCUUAUCACAUACUCGCCGCGGCACCUCCCGUAUCCUCUUUUGCUCCUCGCUUUCUCUCUCUCGCUACUUCUACAUGGCAUUGUCACCGUCGGCGCCGACCGAGGGACUUAACCGUCUUCGCCGAUGACGUUGACGUCGAUUCUGGCGGCGGGGACGACUACGACAUGGACGCUGACGAGGAAGAAGUGGAGGAGCUGGACAACAAGAAGGACUACGACCUGGAAUACGAUCACCUCCUUGGUGGCCCCAUCCUACCGGCUGAUGGUUCAUCGUCGGAUGACAUUGAGAUGGUGCGAAGCAGCAGUUUCGUCUCCACACUGGGCACGGAGUCCGAGAAGGUGGUAGAUUACCGGAUUAAUGAGGAAGAGUUCCACAAGAUUAGUCUUCUACACUGCGAUUUUUUCAUCCGAAAACCGCCUGACCCUGAUAAUAACGUCUAUGACUUUAGAGAGAUGUACGUCACUCCACCAGACACGGAUGUGUAUUCGAUUCCUAAGGUUCUUGCUCCCAUGCCCGAGAAGUACAUACGUUGUUCAAAAACAGAUUUUGGCUGUUAUAAUGUUAGUGAGCCACCAAUAGAUGCACCUCGUGACCCACUAUAUAAGUCUGAGAGGGAAGUCUUCAAGGUUUUUCUAACAAAACAUUACAGGAAUAGGCGAAUUGAUGACCCUGAAUUUAUACUUGAUUUUGAAGAGAUCUAUGUUAUUGACUCAAAAUCAAAAUCAAUAACUAGGGCUCAAGUUAUCGUGACAUUGCCAGAGGGGAAAGACAGAGAUCGAAGGAAUGAUUUACUCAUCAUUCGUGAUGGUGGAACGUCCUUCAAAAUAAUUGAUAAGAAUAAAAGGGAUGAUGCCACAACAGUAAUAGAAAGGGAAGAGUGGAUCGAGUCAAGGCGGGCGAUGGAAAAACAUUUAAGCAAACUUCGGGACUUCCAUAUUUCAAAUUGGUUUUAAAGACCUAGCAAUUCUGAUGAGGGUGCAAUGGCAGAUUAGUAUAUUGAAUCAGUGUAAAUGACUUAAAUGGAUUUGAUUUAUAUUCAAAAGCUUAUCUCUAUGAUUAUUAUCCAUUCUUUGCCAGGCAAUGCAUGUUGGUUUUAGGGAAUAGGUAGUAAAAUCUUUAACAUGGAUAUUUGAUGUGUUGUAAUCACUCAAUUAGCAUGUCUACCUUUCAUAUAAUGCUAUGUUAUUGGUGCUGUGUGAGCAAAUACUGAGGAAGUAUCUGGUUUUGUUUGGUGUUGUUUUGCUGUACAA